AUGUCCCCUGUCCCCUGCAACAUGUCCCCUAUUCCCUGCACCCUGUCCCCUGCACCCUGUCCCAGCCCUCUGUCCCAGCCCACUGUCCCCUGCACGCUGUCCCCAGCCCACUGUCCCCAGCCCCUGUCCCCUGCACCCUGUCCCCAGCUCACUGUCCCCUGCACCCUGUCCGCAGCCCACUGUCCCCUGCACCCUGUCCCCAGCUCACUGUCCCCUGCACGCCCUGCACCUGUCCACCCCUGUCCCCAGCCCCUGUCCCUGCACCCUGUCCCAGCCCACUGUCCCCAGCCCACUGUCCCCAGCCCCUGUCCCCUGCACCCUGUCCCCAGCCCACUGUCCCCAGCCCACUGUCCCCAGCCCCUGUCCCCUGCACCCGUCCCAGCCCACUGUCCCCAGCCCACUGUCCCCUGCACCCUGUCCCCUGCACCCUGUCCCAGCCACUCUCCCCUGCACCCUGUCCCUGCACCCUGUCCCCUGCACCCUGUCCCCAGCCCACUGUCCCCAGCCCCUGUCCCCUGCACCCUGUCCCCAGCCCACUGUCCCUGCACCCUGUCCCCAGCCCACUGUCCCCUGGCACCCUGUCCCCAGCCCACUGUCCCUGCACCCUGUCACUAUCCCCCUGCAGCACUCUUCUACUCUACCCCCUUAACUACUCUCCCACCUCCACACUCCAGCUUCCCUAGCCUCUGA